AUGUCUUCUUCAGUUGCUCCUGCCAAAGUUUCCACCAUCGAGGAGGGGACUUCCCAGCCGAAAAUUGCCAGGCCUGCCCCAUACGCCGGGUCUAAUAUUUCUGCUAACUCGAAGUAUCCUGAGUACACACCACUGAAAAAUGCCAAUACCACCAAGCAGCCAGCACUUGUCGAGAUUCCUUACGAUGACAGAGCUUUAUAUGCCGAUCCUGCAUUGCCAAACUUGUUGCCAACUUUGAAGUUAGCCAGCAAGGAGGUAGGCUUGGAGGAACUUUCGCCAAAGUUUGGUUCCGUUGUCAAGGGUGUUCAAUUGGCUUCGUUGGUUGAUAACCCAAAGGCAAAAGAUGAGUUGGCUUUGUUACUUGCUCAGAGGGGUGUGCUAGUCUUCCACAACCAGGAAGAUUUCUUCAAGUUGGGACCUGGAGGAGUGACUGAGUUUGCUUCGUACUUUGGUGUCCUCCACGAACACCAAUUGAGCAGCACUGUUGAAGGACAUCCAAAGUUGUUGGGCCUUACUGGAAAAGGCUUCUCCCAGAUUGCGAAGUACAGAAAUUCAACCUCCAGCACCGGGUUUCACUCGGACGUUACUUAUGAGUUGCAGCCACCCUCCUAUACCUUCUUGUCAUUGUUGGAGGCACCUUCGUCUGGUGGUGACACUGUCUUUAUUGAUGCCAGAGAAGCUUAUGACCGUUUAUCUCCAGGUUUCAGAGAACGCUUGGCUGGCUUGACUGCCACUCACUCAGGGGUUGAGCAACAUGUGGGCUCAGUCAAAGCCGGGGUAGUUCCUAAGAGAGACGCCAUCAUCAGUUCGCACCCAGUCGUUAGACAAAACCCGGUUACGAAAAGAAAAUCUCUCUUUGUCAACGAAGAAUUCACCCGUGCAAUUGAGGGUUACAAGAAGGAAGAGAGUGAGGCUUUGUUGGGCUUUUUAUAUCAGCAUCUAAAAACCUCUGUUGAUUUCCAGAUCAGAGCUCUGUUGAGACAAUACAGUAUAGUCUUCUGGGAUAACAGAAGUACCCUUCACACAGCUACUGUUGAUUACGAUUCUGAUGCUACCCCAAGGGAGGGUUUUAGAUUGACCGUUACGGGGGAGGCCCCAGUGGAAAAUGUUUAG